AUGGGUAGACUUAUUGGCCUCGAGCUCCACAACUUCAAGUCCUACCGUGGCACCACCACCAUUGGGUUUGGUUCAUCUUUCUUCACCUCCAUAAUUGGACCUAAUGGUGCCGGAAAGUCCAAUAUGAUGGAUGCCAUUUCCUUCGUGUUAGGAGUCCAGUCUACACAUUUGAGAUCACACAACGUCAAAGAUUUGAUCUACAGAGGUAGAAAGUCUGCUAGCGAGGCUAACACCUCUGUGGAUAUCGAUCAGGAUCCGACAAGAGCUCAUGUGAUGGCUAUUUAUGAGAAGGAUAAUGGCGAUGUCCUCAAGUUAAAGAGAUCGAUAACUGCCAGUGGAAACAGUGAAUAUCGUAUUAACGAUCUGUCAGUCACUUCACUCAAUUAUUCGAUGGUUUUGAAGGCCGAAAACAUUUUGAUCAAGGCCAGAAACUUCCUUGUUUUCCAGGGUGAUGUGGAGCAGAUAGCGUCUCAGUCACCCAAAGACUUGACCAAGUUGAUUGAGACUAUCAGUGGCUCCAACGAGUAUGCCAAGGAGUACGAGAAUUUGAAGGAAGAGCACGAGAAGGCUCAUGAAUUUUCCAACUCUGUGUUUUCGAGGAGAAGAACAUUGAACUCGGAAUCCAAGCAGUAUAAGGAACAAAUGGCCGAACAAAUUGAGUUCGAGGAUAAGUUAACACAAAAGGCACAAAUAAUCAAGAGUAUAAACCUUUAUAAACUAUUUCAUAACGAAAAGAAACAUUUUCAAUUGAUACAAGACUUGAAGCACAAGGGAAAGGAAUUGAAAUUGCUUCAGAGACAGUUAUCGACUCAAGAAUCCGCAUACAAGGCACUGAUGGCAGAGUACUCCAAACUUGUGCUAGAAUCAAAGCAAUAUUCAACUAAGAUAGUGGAAAUUUCCGGCCAAAUAGAUUCAACUAAAAGAGAGCUUAUUCCAAUUGAAGCCAACAAGAGAUCUCUAACCUCCAAGAUAAGUAACUUGAAGACCAAGAUUAAUGAUCUUAUCACCGAUUACAAGAAACAGAAAAAUCAGAUUUCAUCUAUCGAAAAGCAAUUGAGAGAAGCCCAAAAGAUGUUUGACGAAUUUCAAGAUAAGAUUGCCUCAUCUAUUUCCUCAUCGGUUACUAGUCAAGGUCAAAAGGAAUACGAAAAGCUUAGGGCACAAUUUUUAACAAGCGGAGGGUCUCAACUCGAAGAGGAAUUAGCCCUUUUGGAGAACGAUAAGGACUCAAUUAAGGCUAAUAUUACCAGUCUUGAAAACCAAGCUACAAAUUCCUUAAGUAGAGUAUCUGAACUUGAAAGAAUUAUCUCGUCUGAGCUUAAGUCAAAGCUUUCAGACUAUACAAACGAGAUAAAUGAUAUCUUAACUUUGAAGCAAGAGAAAAUUGACUCUCGGAAUGAAUUGAUUAAGGUUAAGGAACAGUUCAAUUACGAGGAGCUUCAGCUUAAUUCGCAAUUACGUGAUAUUUUGCUAAGACUUGAAGAACUAUCUUCCCAACAGAGAGAGUCCAAUAAGCAGAAGAAGCUUAGAGAGAAUGUCUCGAUGUUGAAGCGAUUCUUUCCCAAAGAUGCUAUCAAGGGUUUAGUUUAUGACCUUGUUCGUCCAUCCAAGCAAAAGUACGAGACGGCAUUGCUGACUAUUUUGGGAAGAAACUUCGAUGCAAUUAUAGUUGAAACUACUUCUGUCGCUUAUAAGUGUAUCGAGCUUUUAAAAGAGAGAAGAUCUGGUAUUGCGACAUUUAUUCCCUUGGAUUCAGUUGUUGCUGAUCAAGCCAACUUGAAUUACCUCAGAUCUAUCCAUGAUGCUGUUCAACCAGGUAUUGAUAUCCUAGAAUAUGACGAUAAGUCCUUGGAGCAAGCUAUACACUAUGUGGUUGGGGACACCUUGGUGGUUGAUAACAUCGAUUUAGCAAGAAAGUUAAAGUGGGAUCUGAACUAUAAACUUAACAAUAAAUUAGUCACUUUAGAAGGAUCAGUCAUUCAUAAAUCCGGAUUGAUGACCGGUGGACAACAGACCCACAGAUCACCUAUCUCUUUGAAUUGGGAUAAGAAUGAGUGGAAUAGUUUGAAUGAAUUACGAGAAGAAUUGGUGUCAAAAUUGGCUAGUUUGCAAGAACGCAGACCAAAGGAUUUAGAAAUAAAUAUCAUCGCAGAAGAAAUCAGUGCAUUGGAUGAUAAGUUACCUAUUAUCAGAAAUCAAAAACUGAGCGUUGAAAGAGUUAUUGAAGAUAGACUGAGAGAGAUUAGCUUCCAACAGGACCUUGGCAAGAGCUACAAAGAAUCAAUCAACGAGAAGAAGAAGUCAUUGAGUAAGCUCGAUAAAGAAAUCGAGAAAAUCAAUAUUCAAAUUAGGGGCUUACAGAAUGAUGUCUAUUCAGGUUUCUGUUCUAGCUACGGGUUUAGCAAUGGAAUUGAGGACUACGAGAAUCUUCAUGGUUCAACCUUGCGAGUUAGAGCAAAAGAGCGUGCUCAGUUUGUCAAGGAAAUCUCUACGUUGUCUAAUAAACUCAGCUUUGAAAAUGAAAGGGCCGAGGAAACGAAGGAUCGUAAGAUUAAAUUGGAGAGUCAGGUUGCUUCAUUUGAGGAAGAAUUACUGUCACUCAUAGCUCUGAAACAAGAUCUUGAAGAAAAUUUGGACAAGUUAGAAGCCGAACUAGAUGUACUGAAGCUCGAAGAGGUGGAUCAAGCCAAAUUGUUGAAGUCCAAAUUAAAAUCAUCAAAAUUGGUCGAGUCUGAAGUACUGGAAACCGAAAAUGAUAUUUCAACUUUAGGAAAGGCCAUGACUUCGAUUGAAGAACAAACAUUGAAGAUUGAUACUGAGAGAGUGAAUAUUUUGAAGAAUUGUAAAAUUCAGAAUGUGAAUAUUCCCUUGAAGGAUGGAUUGUUGGACUCCAUACCUAUAGGCGAGAACUCGGAUAAUCUUGUGAAAGGAAUCUAUGAUAUAGAAAUUGAUUAUGCUAGUGACUUGGAUGAAAGGUAUAAGGAAUCAUUCACUAGUAAAUUGGAGGCAGAAUUGGAUGUAAAGCUUCAAAACACCAUUGACCAGUUGGAAAGACUUACACCCAAUUCCAAAGCUAUUGAGAGAUUAAGAGAAGCUGAAAUGAAGCUUAAGGAGUUUGAUAGAGAUCACACUUUGGCAAGACAGCAAGAGCGCAAGGUUGGUGCUAAAUUCCAAGAUAUUAGGAACAAACGUCACGAAUUAUUCAUGGAGGCCUUUGAGCAUAUUUCUGGUAAGAUUGACUCCAUUUACAAGGAGCUUACCAAAUCAAAUGCUUCACCUUUGGGUGGUUCUGCUUAUUUGAUUCUUGAAGAUGAAGAUUCUCCUUACAACUCGGGAAUUAAAUACCAUGCUAUGCCUCCAAUGAAGAGAUUCAGAGAUAUGGAAUUGUUAUCUGGAGGAGAGAAAACCAUGGCAGCCUUAGCCUUGUUAUUUGCUAUUCACUCGUACCAACCAUCGCCCUUUUUUGUGUUGGAUGAAGUAGAUGCUGCAUUGGACAACUCCAAUGUUGGCAAGAUUGCAAAUUACAUCAGGAAGCACGCAGGUCCUGAUUUCCAAUUUAUUGUUAUCAGUUUGAAGAAUUCGCUAUUUGAAAAGUCUGAUGCCUUAGUCGGUAUUUAUAGGGAGCAAAGGGAAAACAGUUCGAGGACUUUAACCUUGGACUUGAGGGAAUAUCCAGUGGAGGAUGUGCCUAUAAAUGCUAUUUAA